AUGAAAAGUACAACUCCAAUAGGCUCUAUUAUGUUGAUUUCAUUUGAGGAUGAGGUUAUAUUUGUGGCUAACAUCCAGGCACAACCUCCGGGACAAGUAUUUAAUGUUGAGGCUGAAUUGUCCCUUGCAAGUAAGGAUCAACGCUUUAGUGUGUUAGCAUGCUCAAAUUGUAAGCAAUUGUUCACGAGAUAUAACGUGCGAAGGGAAAUCUACUGCACAAGUUGUCAUCGUUCCACACAUCUUAUUCCUAGAUGUCAAUUCGAAGUUACUAUUAAGGACAACAACGGUUUUGCAACAACUAUUGUUUUGGAUGAAAUUGCAGAGAAAAUGUUGCACCUCACUUUAGAAGAAAUUUAUGAAAUUUGCUUCGUCAAGAAAGAAACAUUAUUGCUCCAAAAUAUGGAAGAUCAACUGAACGGCAAGAUAUUCAACAUUCAAAUGAAAAGGCUAUUUACAAAAAAAUUGGAUGCAAUACUAAAAUUAUCCAUUUUGUCUUACAUGGAGAAACAAGAUGUGAUUAUAAACCAAUAA